CCCCAGCACGUCACUGAUCAGGCGCCUGACGAGCGCUGUCCCAUAGGCCUCAGGUGGGCGGGGUAACGUCACUAUCGCGGUAGCUUCUCUGCGCGACCUUAACGUCGCCUUCAACGUCACUUCCUGUCUCCUUCCAAAGGCAAAGAUGGCGGCGCUCAGACAUUUCCUACGUUCUACUCAGAAACCUCUGUGGCCUCACAUCAGUCACACAUGGCGCCCCGUAUGCUCCUCCCCCGCGGUACAGCAGGUUGAAGUGGGCAAAUUAGAUGGGGCUUUUCAUGUCACUAUGAUCCCGGGGGAUGGAGUGGGACCGGAGCUCAUGCACUCGGUGAAAGAGGUGUUCAAGGCAGCGGAUGUGCCGGUGGAGUUUGAGGAGCAUCAUCUGAGUGAGGUGCAGAACAUGGCGUCCAAGGAGAAGCUGGAGCAGGUCCUGGGCUCCAUGCAGGCAAAUAAGGUGGCAAUUAAAGGGAAGAUCCACACCCCCAUGGAGUAUAAAGGGGAACUGGCGUCGUAUGAGAUGAGACUCAGGCGCAAGCUUGACCUGUUUGCUAACGUGGUGCAUGUGAAGAGCCUCCCCGGAUACAAGACCCGACACAACAAUCUGGACCUGGUGAUCAUUCGGGAGCAGACGGAGGGAGAGUACAGCUCUCUGGAGCAUGAGAGCGUCAGCGGAGUGAUCGCGUGCCUGAAGAUCAUAACCAGAGAGAAGUCCAACCGCAUUGCCAAGUUUGCCUUUGAUUAUGCCACCAAGAAGGGCCGAGCCAAGGUCACGGCUGUGCACAAAGCCAAUAUCAUGAAGCUGGGAGACGGGCUGUUCCUGCAGUGCUGUAAGGAGGUGGCAGAGUUGUACCCCAAGAUCCAGUUUGAUACAAUGAUUAUUGACAACUGCUGCAUGCAGUUGGUGCAGAAUCCGUACCAGUUUGAUGUGCUGGUCAUGCCCAACCUGUAUGGCAAUAUCAUUGAUAACCUGGCAGCUGGGCUGGUGGGGGGCGCAGGAGUGGUGCCAGGAGAGAGUUACAGUUCAGAAUACGCCGUGUUUGAGACGGGCGCGCGCCACCCAUUCGCACAAGCCGUGGGCAGGAAUAUUGCGAACCCAACUGCAAUGUUACUUACUGCCACCAACAUGCUGCGACAUCUGAACCUCGAGUAUCACUCAAAUCUCAUCUCCGAUGCUGUGAAAAAAGUCAUUAAACAGGGAAAGGUGCGGACCCGAGAUAUGGGAGGUUAUUCCACGACAACGGACUUCAUCAAGGCUGUGAUUGACGGCUUACACUCUCGCUAUCCCUACUAGCACCCUUUGUGACUGUUGUGCACUAUGCUUUGUGUCCCUUGUGGGGUCUUUCCUGGCACAGUCCCUUGUCUCAUGUUCCAUCUGACAGUUGCUUAGCAAUAUCUGCCAGACAUUAUAAGGGUUAGUGGUUACUGGCCGUCCUUGUGCCACUCCUGCUCUCAGUCUGUGUCCAGUGUAACCCAUAAACUGUGUAUGUGCCAGGGCUUGAGUGAGUUCUACUCUCUUAUACACAAAUGGGGGAGAGAGAGUCCAACUCUGUUUAGUAGCCGCCAUUAUUCCCUGCCUGUUACUGAGCUCUUGGCACUAAAGUGGGCACAUAGUUGGUCCAUACUGGGUACAAGUGGUUUGAGCUCUAGUCUAGGCACAGUAUUACAGCAGGCUGAAGCCCAAUGUUAGAGCACUCACACAUACUCACACUGCCCAACUCAGUGUCACACAAAUAAAGACUUAUUUUUUUUCA